ACAACGUCAUCCAGAAAACGUCAGCGAUCGGCUACUGAUGAAGUGUGGAGCUGGCGUACAGUGUAGUGCUAUUAUAUUGCUAGAUUUGUUAUAAAAAUUAACUUAAUUUUGCAGUAAAGAAACUUAGAGUUCUUAAUUUUUCACAGCUGAGCUUAUAUAGAUACAUAUAAUAUAUAGACAGACAAUUGCAUUGCAUAAAAAUAUUAUUGAAAUCAAACUUUACGAUGGCUGAAAAAAGUGCUAGUAAAGCUAAAAAAUCGGGUCCUUCGGGAAUUGCAAAAUUAUACCUUUUAGCAUAUAACGGUAUACAAACUUUAGGAUGGUCAUACAUGCUCCUACAAACAUUAACACACUUCUUAGACCGUGGAUCAUUGGAAACAUUUUGGCCUUUAAUUAAACCAACUGUUGUCAUUUUCCAAAAUGCUGCAGUACUUGAGGUUAUACACGCCGUAAUAGGCCUGGUACCUUCAGGAGUGAUGGUAGUAUUGCCACAAGUGUACUCUCGUGUGUUCCUAGUAUGUGGAUGUCUGUUAGCUACACACUCGGCAACAAUUAGUCCGGGUCUUCCACUGUGCAUUUUGGCUUGGUCCAUCACUGAAAUAAUAAGAUAUGCUUAUUACACACUUAAUUUAAUUAACGCUGUUCCGCAAACACUGCUGUUUUUCAGAUAUUCCACGUUCUUGAUACUGUACCCGAUCGGAAUAACCGGCGAGUUGUUGUGCAUGUACCACUCUCUCGAUGAGAUCGCAGAGAAGCAAUUAUUUACGAUUUCUAUGCCGAACGCGUGGAAUGUAGCAUUCAACUACUAUUACUUCCUCGUGUUCUACAUGUUCUUGUACAUCCCCAUCUUUCCGUUCCUAUACGGCCAUAUGUUGGCGCAGAGAAGGAAAAUGCUCGGCAAGGAUGCAAAGAAACCAAAUAAUUAUGAAUAUAUAUCUACCUCACUUAUCACAUUGAUGAGUUAUAAAUGUUAUAGAAUCUCUACAAUUACAGCAUUUAGAGUAUUGGUGCGUUAAGAACUUUAAUGGUAAUCAUGAAUAAAAUUAUUUUGCUUAUUGUUACCACGCAAGGGUCACAUCAUGUUCAUCAAUAAGCAGUAUAAUACUCACUGUCGCACUGCGAUCGAAUACUUUGCAUACAUUAUUGUAAAUGGUUUGGUGUUUAACAUUAAGUACAUUAUAAUAGUUGUAACUGUGGGUUGGUUCAUUGUUAAUUAAUUUAUUCUUGGUUGUAUGGGUUAUGGGCAAUGACAUAGAAAUAAAUAUAUUUUAAUUAAUUUCCUA